UUCAAAGUAGUAGAAUCGAUUAUCUUUAAAUAGCAGCCGUAUUCCACUCUUCACUCCACCACAUCGCUUACACUCUUCUUAUUCCUUCUCUCAAAUACACUUCUAACAACCAUUAUUAAAAUCAUCAUUAAUCUUCAAAAGCACUUCACAAAAUCAACAACCACGGCAAAUUUAAGGGACCCAAACACGCCCUUAACUAUUUUCACUCAAUUAGAUAUCAGGUACAGAACGACACCGUUAUGGCGAAUGAAGAGUCAACAAACAGCGUCGUUUUGUUCGGGAAAUACGAAAUUGGAAGAUUAUUAGGUGUUGGUGCAUCAGCGAAGGUGUAUCAUGCGACCAACAUUGAAACAGGGAAGAGCGUGGCAGUGAAAGUGAUCAGCAAGAAGAAACUCAUCAACAAUGGAGAAUUCGCUGCUAACAUUGAACGUGAGAUCUCAAUUCUCCGCCGUCUUCAUCACCCGAAUAUCAUCGAUCUCUUCGAAGUCCUCGCUUCGAAGAGCAAAAUCUACUUCGUCGUGGAGUUCGCUGAAGCUGGUGAACUCUUCGAAGAAGUAGCCAAGAAAGAAAAGCUUACAGAAGAUCAUGCAAGAAGAUACUUCCGGCAACUUAUCUCCGCCGUGAAACACUGUCACUCUCGCGGUGUUUUUCACCGUGAUCUUAAAUUGGAUAAUCUUUUACUUGAUGAGAAUGAUAAUCUCAAAGUAACGGAUUUUGGUUUAAGCGCGGUUAAAAAUCAGAUCCGACCCGACGGGUUGCUUCACACCGUUUGUGGGACGCCGUCCUACGUGGCACCGGAGAUUCUUGCGAAGAAAGGCUAUGAAGGUGCCAAAGCUGAUGUUUGGUCUUGCGGCGUUGUUUUGUUUACUGUUACUGCAGGGUAUUUACCGUUUAAUGAUUAUAAUGUUACUGUGCUUUAUAGAAAAAUUUACCGUGGUCAAUUUCGGUUUCCAAAAUGGAUGUCAUGUGAUCUGAAGAAUCUCUUAUCACGUAUGUUGGAUACAAAUCCCAAGACGAGGAUAAGUGUUGAUGAGAUUCUUGAAGACCCGUGGUUCAGCUCGGGUGGAUACAAGCUAGACCGAGUUUUGGUUAAGAGUCAAAUGGAAGAGAGUCGGACUGGGUUUAAAUCAUUAAACGCGUUUGACUUGAUUUCAUUUUCAACUGGGUUAGAUAUGUCGGGUAUGUUCGAGGAAAAUGUAGGUUUGAGUUUAGUCGAACGGGUUGUUUCGGCCAAGCUACCGGAGAGGAUUGUGAAGAGGGUUGAGGAGGUGGUGGGAACUAAGGUGGUGGUGAAAAGAUUGAAGAAUGGUGGUGGGGCAAGGUUGGAAGGGCAAGAAGGUAAUUUGAUUGCUCUUGUUGUGAUUUACCAGUUAACGGAAGAAUUGGUUGUUGUUGAAAUGAAGAAGCGUGGAAAAGGGGAUGAAUAUAACGCGCAAUUGUGGAAAAAUAAAUUGCGACCUUUGCUUGUUGAGUUGGCUGAAAAACAGGAAGUACCGGUUUCUCGGUAACUUCUUUUUUUUUUUCGUUUUCUUUUAGAUGAUUUGGAUUAUUAUUUAGAAUCUCUUGUUUUUGUUUGUAUAUGGUGGUACCAAGUACCAACAUCUGCAUUGAUAAAUUCCGUGAAAAAAUAAAAUAAUAAUCCAUUGAUGAAAACAAUUCAUUGUUAUUGUUUUGUUGAUUA